AUGGAGAAGCUCCGCCAGCACCACCGCACCGAGAAGCAGCGCGCGUCGUUCCCCAAUGAGAGCUUGAAUCUGGGUCGAGGAAUUCGAUUUAAACCUUCUUCUGUUCAAAAUCUGGUAAAGUUAGCAGCUAGUUCCACCAAUCAUACUCCUAAUUUCGAUUACAAUUUUUCAAAUCACGAUUACUCAUACAUGAAUAACUGGUCUAACCAAGAAGACGAUAAUGAGGAUAGGUAUCUUGAUGAUUCUACUUUCAACGAACCCCUGAUUCAUCCGGUGUACAAAAAUCACAAGAGUUCUCCAUUCACUGGUGGAGUUUGUAUAAAACGCUGA